AUGUUUGGUGCACAAGUAAUCCGGUCCCAUGAAGCCUAUCUUGGCUUGCCAUCCUUAAUAGGAAAGUCGAAACGAAACACUUUUGCACACUUGAAACAGCGGGUUGCAAAUAAAUUAACAGGUUGGAAAGAAAAACUUCUCUCCAAUGCAGGGAAGGAGGUGCUGAUAAAGGCUGUUGCUCAAGCUGUUCCAUCAUACACAAUGUCUUGCUUUAAGCUUCCUAAUUCCUUAUGUGAGGAGCUAACAAGCAUGGUUAGACAAUUUUGGUGGGGGCAAGUGAAAGAAGAAAAGAAAUUAGCAUGGAUGAGUUGGGAUAAUAUGUGUUUAUCAAAGGAGAAAGGAGGGAUGGGUUUUAGGGACUUGAAGACGUUCAAUUUGGCUCUGCUGGCCAAAUAG